AUGGAGAUCCUUGAGGAUCCCUGGAGUGACCGGGUUGGUGUUCGAGAGGCCAUCCACCGCCUUCCAGCAGAAGGGCGUUCAACCGCUACCCACAACUCGUACCAGCCGUAUGUUGGCCUGCAAGAGUGGGAGAACAUCAAGGCCAGUGUGGCGCAUGAGGUGAUACCAACAAGGCGCUUCCACAUGAGUGACUACAAGGUUCCGGAGGCGGAAGAGUCGCACUCCGAAGCUGUGGCUGGACCAGAGGGAGCACACUCCGCGGUACCACAGGACAUGGCCGCAGGACCCGCCGCUGGCGGCCAAUGCCAAUCGGGGAAGCGCUCGCCGAGGGAUGCCUCUGCGUCGCCGAAAGUCGAUGCACUGCAGCGCUGGCUCGUCGCCAAGGAGCAGGCGCUCCAGUUCCCGUCGUUGCCCAUCGCAAUACCAAAUCAUUCGCCCAGACAGCGGCCAACCAAAGCUGUGGGCAGAUUGAUUUGUGCGAGCUCUACUUCGCCAAGGCACGGGCAAGAGCAGUCCUUGGAAGUGCAGGUGAACACGGUGAACCCGACGAACCUCGCCCCGAAGAGGCGAGAUGGCCCUGUCAGGGCGCCACAAAUCCGUGACAAGGACAGGGAGAAAUAUCCGUCAGGCAAGCUUAUGAGACCCGUGCGCAAAGCUAAUGCCGACAGCUGGCACAAGUUGACGGAGGUCCUCGACAGCCCAGGUAGGAUCAAUGCGAAAGAGUCGCAUCCUUCACGAGCGUUCAACGUGGUUCCGAAGACGAACCUGAGAGUGGUUUGA